AUGCUGCUACUACUACAAGUACUACAACGGAGGCACCAACUACAAGUACUACAACUGAGACACCACACAAUACUACAAACUGCUACACUACAAGUACUACAACUGAAGCAACAACCCAAAUACACAAUAGCUGCUACUACUACUACUACAAAAGAACUAAGUCAACAGAGAACAACAACACCCACUACAAGUACUACAACGAGACACCCACUACAAGUACUACAACUGAAGCACCAACCCACAAAUACUACAAUAGAGGCACCCACUACAAGUACUACAACUGAAGCACCAACCACAAAUACUACAAUAGCUGCUACUACUACAACUGCUACUACUACAAGUACUACAACAGAGACACCCACUACAAGUACUACAACGGAGACACCCACUACAAGUACUACAACUGAACCACCAACCACAAAUACUACAAUAGCUGCUACUUCUACAAGUACUACAACAGAGGCACCAACUACAAGUACUACAACUGAAGCACCAGCCACAAAUACUACAAUAGCUGCUACUACUACAAGUACUACAACGGAGGCACCAAUUACAAGUACUACAACGGAGACACCCACUACAAGAACUUCAACUGAAGCACCAACCACAAAUACUACAAUAGCUGCUACUACUACAAAGACACCCACUACAAGUACUACAACGGAGACACCCACUACAAGUACUACAACUGAAGCACCAACCACAAAUACUACAAUAGCUGCUACUACUACAAGUACUACAACGGAGGCACCAACUACAAGUACUACAACUGAAGAAGCCACAAUACUACUAGCUGCAAUACAUACACAACGGAGGCACCAACUACAAUACUACAACGAGAGCACCCAACUACAAGUACUACAACGGAGACACCCACUACAAGUACUACAACUGAACACUCACUACAAGUACUACAAUACUGAGACCAUACCACAAAUACUACAACAGAGGCACCCACUACAAUACUACAACGGAGCACCAACUACAAGUACUGACAACGGAGACACCACUACAAGUACUACAACUGAAGCACCAACCACAAAUACUACAAUAGCUGCUACACUACAAGUACUACAAUGGAGGCACCAACUACAACUGCUACUACUACAAGUACUACAACUACAAGGAGGCACCAACCACAAAUACUACAAUAGCUGCUACUACUACAAGUACACAACGGAGGCACCAACACAAGUACUACAACGAGACCACUACUACAAGUACUCAACUGAAGCACCAACCACAAAUACUACAACGGCUACAUACAAGUACUACAACGGAGACACCCACUACAAGUACUACAACGAGACACAACGCAAAUACUACAAACGGGCUACACUACAAGUACUACAACGAACACCAACCACAAAUACUACAAUAGCUGCUACUACCACAACUGCUACUACUACAAGUACUACAACGGAGGCACCAACUACAAGUACUGCAACGGAGACAAGCACUACAAGUACUACAACUGAAGCACCAACAACGGAGACACCCACUACAAGUACUACAACGGAGACACCCACUACAAGUACUACAACUGAAGCACCAACCACAAAUACUACAAUAGCUGCUACUACUACAACUGCUACUACUACAAGUACUACAACGGAGGGCACCAACUACAAGUACUACAACGGAGACACCACUACAAGUACUACAACUGAAGCACCACCACAAAUACUACAUAGCUGCACUACUACAAGUACUACAACGGAGGCACCACUACAAGUACUCAACGGAGACAACCACUACAAUACUACAACGGAGGCACCAACUACAAGUACAACAACGGAGACACCCACUACAAGUACUACAACUGAACCACCAACCACAACUACUACAGUAGCUGCUACUACUACAAGUUCUACAACGGAGGCACCAACUACAAGUACUACAACGGAGACACCCACUACAAGUACUACAACUGAAGCACCAACCACAAAUACUACAGUAGCUGCUACUACUACAACUGCUACUACUGCAAGUACUACAACGGAGGCACCAACUACAAGUACUACAACGGAGACACCCACUACAAGUACUACAACUGAAGCACCAACCACAAAUACUACAAUAGCUGCUACUACUACAAUACUACAACGAGCACCCACUACAAGUACUACAACGGAGACACCACACGUACUACAAGGCUACUACAGUACUCAACUGAAGCACCAACCACAAAUACUACAUACUGAUACAGUACUACAACGAGACCAACUCAACUGCACUACUACAUUACAACGGGAUACAUACUACACGGAGGCACCAACUACAAGUACUACAACGGAGACACCCACUACAAGUACUACAACUGAGGCACCAACCACAAAUACUACUAUAGCUGCUACUACUGCAAGUACUACAACGGAGGCACCAGCUACAAGUACUACAACGGAGACACCCACUACAAGUACUACAACUGAAGCACCAACCACAAAUACUACAAUAGCUGCAACUACUACAAGUACUACAACUGAAGCACCAACCACAAAUACUACCAUAGCUGCUACUACUACAACGGAGGCACCAACUACAAGUACUACAACGGAGACACCCACUACAAGUACUACAACUGAACCACCAACCACAAAUACUACAAUAGCUGCUACUACUACAAGUACUACAACGGAGGCACCAACUACAAGUACUACAACGGAGACACCCACUACAAGUACUACAACUGAAGCACCAACCACAAAUACUACAAUAGCUGCUACUACUACAAGUACUACAACGGAGGCACCAACUACAAGUACUACAACGGAGACACCCACUACAAGUACUACAACGGAGACACUCACUACAAGUACUACAACUGAAGCACCAACCACAAAUACUACAACAGCUGCUACUACUACAAGUACUACAACGGAGGCACCAACUACAAGUACUACAACGGAGACAUCCACUACAAGUACUUCAACUGAGGCACCAACCACAAAUACUACAAUAGCUGCUACUACUACAAGUUCUACAACGGAGGCACCAACUACAAGUACUACAACUGAAGCACUAGCCACAAAUACUACAAUAGCUGCUACUACUACAAGUUCUACAACGGAGGCACCAACUACAAGUACUACAACUGAAGCACCAACCACAAAUACUACAAUAGCUGCUACUACUACAAGUACUACAACGGAGGCACCAACUACAAGUACUACAACGGAGACACCCACUACAAGUACUACAACGGAGACACUCACUACAAGUACUACAACUGAAGCACCAACCACAAAUACUACAAUAGCUGCUACUACUACAAGUACUACAACGGAGGCACCAACUACAAGUACUACAACGGAGGCACCAACUACAAGUACUACAACGGAGACACCCACUACAAGUACUACAACGGAGACACCCACUACAAGUACUACAACUGAAGCACAAACUACAAAUACUACAAUAGCUGCUACUACUACUAGUACUACAACGGAGGCACCCAGUACAACUUCAUCAACCACAGCACCAUCUACAGGUACUACAACUACUAUACCAACCACAAGUACUACAAACGCUGCCCCGAACACAAGUACAACAGCUGCUCCAACCACAAGUACUACAACAGCUGCCCCGACAACAAGCACCACAUCUGUUGCACCAACCACAAGUACUACAAGCGCUGCCCCGACCACAAGUACUACAACUGCUGCACCAACCACAAGUACUACUACUGCUUCACCAACCACAAGUACAACAGCUGCUCAAACCACAAGUACUACAACAGCUGCCCCGACAACAAGCACCACAUCUGCUUCACCAACCACAAGUACUACAAGCGCUGCCCCGACCACAAGUACUACAACAGCUGCUCCAACCACAAGUACUACUACUGCUUCACCAACCACAAGUAGUACAACUGCUGCACCAACCACAAGUACUACUACUGCUUCACCAACCACAAGUACAACAGCUGCUCCAACCACAAGUACUACAACAGCUGCCCCGACAACAAGCACCACAUCUGCUGCACCAACCACAAGUACUACAAGCGCUGCCCCGACCACAAGUACUACAACAGCAGCUCCAACCACAAGUACUACUACUGCUUCACCAACCACAAGUAGUACAACUGCUGCACCAACCACAAGUACUACUACUGCUUCACCAACCACAAGUACUACAAGCGCUAUUCCGACCACAAGUACCACAGCACAAACCACAACAACAACUGUUCCUACAACAACAACUGCUCCAACCACAAGUACGACAACAACUGCUUCUACAACAAGUACGACAACAAUUGCUCCAACAACAAGUACGACAACAACUGCUCCUACAACAAGUACGACAACAAUUGCUCCAACAACAAGUACGACAACAAUUGCUCCAACAACAAGUACGACAACAACUGCUCCUACAACAAGUACAACAACAAUUGCUCCAACAACAAGUACGACAUCAACUACCACAACUACGAGUAUUACAUUGCAGUCAGGCUUACGUUUCGGUUAUGGAGAAGCAGAAGGAGACAGUAGUAUGACAGGGACAGACGACGGUUGCAACGCUGAAAUAACAGCGGCUUUCCCUGUCCCUUUCGGCGACAGCACUUUCAGAAGAAUAUUUGUAUGUGCAAAUGGACUUAUUUGUUUCGGCAGACGGUAUGUAAGCUACACAGUGCCACAGAACAAAGUGUUUUCAUCCGAUUUACUAAACGUUUACUGUCUGGCUCCCUAUUUCACAGACAUGGACUUGAGAACUUCUGGCAGUGUUUGGUACCAGGCAUAUGAAUCCGCUUCAAACGCCAGUAUUACAUCAGCAAUGGCAAAUCUAGUUUAUGACUUAUAUGAAGUCCAAAUUCAGCCACUUUACAUGUUCAAAGCAACAUGGGUGGAAAGUCCGAAGUAUGGCGGAGCUAGUAAUGAGAAAGUGACUUUCCAGGUAGUCUACGUUACGGACGGAGAAGUAGCUUACACGUUUUAUUAUUACAAGUCUGGAGGUAUGAACUUCCUGUCUGGUUCACAGUUUAUUGGUGUUUUGAUUAACGGACUGCCAGACGGCUUGGACGACAGUACCGAUGGUGCAUACCUACGCCAAGCAGACGACAAUUUGAACCUAAUUUUUGAAACUUCAACAACAGUUUAUCAAGGAGCGACAAGCUUUGAACUGACGCCACAAGAAGGAUUAGGACCUAACUACCCAGCAAUGUGUAAAAACUGGCAUCAGAAAGAAAUAUCUAAACGUUUUAAAUAUAGAGCAGAGUUAAACAAGAUGCCCCUCUGUCCCUGCAAUUCGUUCUUCCUAUUUUUCGACAGACAGUUUGGCCCCGGGUCGUCUGACUUUAACACAGGUGUAAUGACAGUACCGGUUAGGCCAAGAAGAAAUUAUGCCCCGCACGGGAAGACAUGCGCAUACGAUAUAUGGACUGGCAGUUUCAUUGGUUGGGGACGAAGGGCUGGUUCAUUUGAAACAUACAAUCAACUAACAAACCGUGUUAUGCACGAACAGGAAGAUGCGCCUUACAAGGAAAUUUGCUGCGAGCAGUCUGACCUCUGCGACCUGUAUUAUGAAGUCAGACCGCCAGUGCAAAGUUGCUACUUCACAUUCUUUUUCUUUUUCGCUGGUGGUUUUGGUGAUCCACAUGUUACCACCUUGGACGGUCGGAAGUAUACAUUCAAUGGUCAUGGCGAGUAUAUAUUACUCAAGAUAGCGUCUGUUGACGUCGAAAUACAAAGCAGAACAGCACAAGCAGUGAAAGCCGAUGGAACUCUUUCGGAAGCCACGAUAUUUUCAGCGUUUGUUAUUCAAACAGCUGACUCUUGGCUUCAGGUGGAAAUCAACAACAAUAGAACUGGAAUAAAUCUCUAUGCUGGGACAAAUAACACACAAUGGGCAGACUACACAGUUGAUUUCUACAGCAAUGGGAGUAAUACCACCAGUGUUACAGAUGAAUUGACCUUCAGUCGCGAUAAUAACACUCUUGUUACCAGCUUUUCAGAAUCAGCAAUUGCAUUCAAUGUAACGAUUGGUGUGGGGCUGCUUCAGAUGAGUUUAGGAUUACCCAGCGCGUAUAAAAAUGGAACUAUUGGGUUGCUAGGCAACUUCAAUGGUAAACCCACAGACGACUUCCUACCACGGCUGGAAUCAGAUCCCUUACCGGAUUCUUCAAACGAAAGUGAAAUUUUUAAGGACUUCGGGCAAACUUGGAUGACGUUAGGUAAUGAAAGUCUGUUUAAGUACGACAAUGGAAGAAGCCAUGCUGACUAUAGUUUCCCUGAUUUCGUACCUAAAUUCCUCGAUGAGGCAAAUGAAACUAAAGUUGCGGAGGCAAAAGAACUGUGUGGAGAAGGCAAUAACCAGUGUAUAUUUGAUUAUGUCUUCACGGGUAACCCGGAGCUUGCACUGGAGACAAAUACAACCGAAGCACUGGCUGAUGAAACUGUGGAUAAAACAUCCAACGAUGUUCCAGUACUGAAUGUAAGCAGUGGAACCACACUUGUAGACGGUCGACACUACAUCAACCUCAAUAUUAGUGAGUCAUCAAGUUUCACACUUCUUGGUAUUGACAAUGGAGACCUGUCAUACGAGCUGGUGAACACAACGGCAGAUGUUGAACUCGGGACACCACGUGAGGACGGUACAGUGGAUGUAAAACUGAGUGUAAAUGAUGUAAAUCCAGUUUAUGUCAGUGUCACAGCUAAGGACGACUACGGGGUGAACUCCCCGCCACUUGAUGUGGUGAUUGUUCUGUGUACAGGCUGUACAUCACACGGUGUAUGUAACACCAGUGUUAUACGAGAAGAUGUUAAGUCUACGGAUAACUUCAAGUAUGCAACUUGCAUCUGUGAGCCGUACUGGACAGGUGAUGAUUGCGAAACGGAUUAUGACGGAUGCGAGGCUAAUCCGUGUUCUGUUGGUCGUAACUGCACGGACACACUGGCCGAUGAUCACAAGGCGGACCAGAACCUUAAACCUUAUACUUGCAGUCCAUGUCCAGCCGGAUACAACGAUACCGGUGUAAAAUGUGAAGGUAUGAUCGCUAACUUAAUUUUAGAAAAUUUCAACGAAUGCAGUGAUACUGCCUCAUGUGAACAAGGUUGUGUGAAUACAGAGGGCAGUUACUACUGUCAGUGUAACCAAAGUUACAGAUUGUCUGAUGACGCCGUCAGUUGUAAUGACAUCAACGAAUGUGAGGAGUCGACCAGUGGGUGUGAACAGAUAUGUACCAAUCUUCCAGGAAGCUUCAAUUGUUCGUGCUACGCGGGAUUCACGUACAGUACUUCACAGUUGAAAUGUGAAAAAGACGAGGAUCCGCCAGAGGGAUGUGAUUUAUUAAACUGUUCCAAAGCAGACGGUUGUACAAUAAAUGAAACAGGUUCAGCAGAAUGUUUCUGCAGCAGUGGAUACCAGCUUACAUCUGAUAAUACAUGUACAAAUAUAAAUGAAUGUGACACUGGGGUGUGUUCCCAGUCAUGUGACGAUAACGAUGGAAGCUUUAGCUGUGGCUGUUUUGCCGGAUACAAACUGCUUGAGGACCACACCACUUGCGAACCUUGUGCUUUUCCGAGUUUCGGUGAGGAUUGUGUAAGCACGUGUCGCUGUGGACGUGGAUCUCUGCGCUGUGAUCCGGUACACGGCUGUGUGUGUAAGGAUGGUUGGACGGGAACCAAUUGUGAAACAGAUAUAAACGAAUGUCUUAUUACGAAUGUUUGUGAGGACGCGAACAAAAUAUGCAGCAAUACGAUUGGUUCUUACAAAUGUGCAUGCCGUUCAGGAUAUAAGCUAGAGAAUGGAAUUUGUAUUGAUAACGAUGAAUGCAGUGACCCUUCACUCAAUACCUGUGAGCAGCAGUGUACAAACUCAGUCGGUAGCUUCUCAUGCAAUUGUGAUGUUGGCUAUUCCGUCGAUCCAGAAAAUGCAACAAAGUGUAUAGAUAUUAACGAGUGCGAGACCGGGGUAUCAGACUGUGAGCACAUCUGUCGUAAUGCAGAUGGAAGGUACAGUUGUGAAUGCUAUUUCGGAUUCUUGCUGAACGAUGACCGAAAAACGUGCACUAAAGUUUCGGAUCCAUGCACGUUGUUCCCGCAGAAAAACUGUUCGGAUAUCUGCUUGGUUGUGAAUGAAAAACCUGAAUGUUCCUGCAAUACCGGAUACACUCUCGGCGCUGACGACCAGACCUGCAUAGAUGUGAACGAAUGUGACCCGACCCUGGGUCUCAAUCUGUGUAGUGAACCAGAAACCUGUAACAAUCUGAUUGGAGGAUACAGCUGCUCGUGUAGUCCUGGAUACAAACUUGAAAACGACCAGAGAACAUGCACAGAAUGUGACUCUUCCCACUAUGGUCCGAACUGUGCUAAUACGUGUAACUGCGGUGUCGGUGCAGACAGGUGUGAUCCUGUAGAUGGCUGUGAUUGUGGGCCGGGAUGGAGUGGAGACACGUGCGAAGCUGAUACAGAUGAAUGCGCUUCCUCUCCCUCUCCUUGCACGGGAAUCAACGAGCAGUGCAUCAAUAAUCCAGGGUCAUACGCAUGCAACUGCGAGACAGGAUAUUCGAAAGGCGAAAAUGGAAAAUGUCAAGAUGUGGACGAAUGUUCAAGUGCUUCCUUAAAUGAGUGUUCUCAGUUGUGUACAAACAACAACGGAAGUUAUCAGUGUACUUGCAACAGUGGCUUCUUGCAAGAUGGAAACGCAUGCAAUGAUAUCAAUGAAUGUGAAGGACAGAACGAGUGUUCUCAAGUGUGUAGCAAUACAAUAGGAAGUUAUCGUUGUUCCUGCAAUCCAGGGUUUAAACUUAAUUUAUCUGACAGAAGAACUUGUAUUCCUGAGGAGCAAUGUGUAGCAAAAAAUUGUAGCGUCAAUGCACAAUGCACGUCUAUAGAUGGCACAGAAACCUGUGUAUGCGAUGCAGGGUUCGAGUUUGAAACAGGAUCAAAUACAAGUUGCGUCGAUAUAAAAGAGUGUUCUGCUACACCGAGCCCUUGUUCUCAAGAAUGUAUAGAAGUUGACGGCGGGUAUCAUUGUGUUUGCAAUGAGACUGGUUAUCAAUUGGAUGUUGACCUGGCAACAUGUAUUGCUUGUCCAGAUGGUAAAUUUGGUAACUGUACGGAAGAAUGCGUCUGCAAUAAGUUGAACACUUUGUCCUGUGACCACGUGAACGGCACUUGCAACUGCACGGAUGGUUGGGAAGGUGUAACAUGUGAAGAUGACAUCGAUGAAUGUCUUACCCCUAAUUGCCCAGAAAAUUCAAAAUGUAUAAAUACUAAUGGCUCGUUCUACUGCAAAUGUGAUGUCGGAUUUCUAACGACCGGUGAUGGAUCUUGCCAAGAAUGUGUGCAAGGCAAAUUUGGGACCGAUUGUAACAAUACGUGUGCAUGCAUGUCAAGUAAUACUAAAUCGUGCAAUACUGUAAAUGGUACUUGUACAUGUAAAGAUGGUUGGAAAGGCGAGGAUUGCAGGGUAGAUAUUGACGAAUGCACGGAAAAAACGUUCACAUGCCCGAAUAAUGCAACUUGUGAAAAUACCGACGGAUCGUAUGAUUGCAUCUGUGCCGACGGUUUUGUUAAAACUAAUGGAACAUGUCGAGAAUGUGAUGGGUUUUCAUACGGAAAAGACUGUGCUAGCCCGUGUGGAUGUAAUUUCAAUAACGCCCUUCGAUGUAAUCACGUGACUGCAAAGUGCUUAUGCAAAGACGGCUGGCAGGGUGACUUCUGUGUAACGGACGUUGAUGAAUGUUCCUCUGACGUUAAUCCGUGCACAGAAAGUCACAAAACAGUGUGUGAAAACAAUCUGGGUUCCUAUUUAUGCAAAUGUGUCGAUGGUUUUGAGCUCGAUAGCAAUGGAACAUGCGUCGAUAUAGACGAGUGUGACAGGAAUACUCACGACUGUGUGCAAAGGUGCAACAAUACCAUCGGCUCGUACAAUUGUUCCUGUGAUGUAGGAUAUACUGGAACGCUAAAUGACUGUUCUGAGUGUGCAAAUGGAAGAUGGGGAGAACAGUGUACCAACAGCUGCCACUGUGACCCAAGUUAUUCCACUGGGGAAUGUGAUAGCAAAACUGGUUGUGUGUGUAACCCAGGAUGGCAGGGAAUCAACUGUACUGAGGAUAUUAAUGAAUGUGAAAUAAAUGGUACUUGUGUGGAGAACUCCUAUUGUAAUAACACCAUGGGAAGUCAUACUUGCACCUGCUAUAGUGGAUAUAGGACAACGGUUGGUAGCUGUCAAGAAUGUUCUGCCAACACGUAUGGUGUGGAAUGUGAUACAUCUUGUAACUGCGUUGCAAACAAUACCAUCAAUCCAUCCCAGUCAUGUGACCACAUAAAUGGCACGUGCUAUUGCACACCAUACUGGAGUGGAUCGCGAUGUGAAACUGAUAUAGACGAAUGUAAGUUAGGGACUCAUAAUUGUACUAAGGACCAUGAGGGUUGCCAUAACGAAGAUGGAGGAUUCGUUUGUUCCUGUCUAGUUGGUUACAUGAGGGAUAAUGGAAGUUGUGUAGAAGACACAACCACAGACGCUCCGCCCACAGCCAUACCAGGUGAUGCGAAAGUCGUGCAUAUGGAGUUGACAUUAAAUAUUAACGUGGCAGACAAUCUCAACGUGUCCAAAACAUACGAAAUUUACCUGGAAGAAGUACUUAGAGAGCUAACAUCUCUAUACAAUGAACUGCUCUCUGACGCGGACAUAACAAUAAUUAUAAAUUUCAUAAGACCUGGCAGCUUGAUCGUUGAUUUCGACCUGGUUGCAUCAGAGUCCGUGAUUCCAAGCAUAUCCGUUGCAAAUGCAAAAUUAGCCUCUGGUAGAAGAACAGUUAACAUUUUCAACGAAACUGCUGAUAUCAUUGCUAUGAGUCUUAAUGGCACGAACGUAACGGUAGGAGAAGAUUUCACAGACGAGCUUGUAUGUGAGCUAUACCAAGCAUCAGCCGAAGCCUGUCAGCCAGACCACAUUUGUACAGUCAGUGGGGGUUUACCAGUUUGCGAAUUGAGGGAGGUUGAGGAUAAUCUAACCCUAAUCCUGAGCCUCGGUCUGGGAAUACCAAUGUUUCUACUAGUUGUGGCAGUGAUUGCUUUUGGUGUCAUCCUGUAUCACUACAAACGGAAAAAGGGGUCUAAAGGGCACUCCUUACAGAGAUAUAGCGACAACGAUGACAGAAGCUCCGUGUUUUCUGGAAGCAUGCCUAUACGAAUUAAUACUGGUGCCCCGUUUGGACCAUACCAUAUGUCACCAGAUUUGCCGCAGUAUCGGAACCAGGAUACUGAACCGUACCACAUGGCACAUAAUUUACCGCAGUAUCGGGGCCAGGGUGCAUCUGCAAUCAGUCCAAGGGAAGAUUCGACUGUAAUCCACUCUGGUUAUGGAGGAAGAUUCACCAAUUAUCGUCGUCCUUUAAAUCAAGAACCAGUCGGAAGAGGUAACUUUUCCUGGGAUUAUCUUCUAGAUAACCUUCCCCCAGAAGGACAGAUGGUAAGGGUAACCACUCCAGGAAUAUGUUCUGCUGUCAAGUCACGGACGAGGCGUGUGCGUAGAUCUCUCAGUGGUACCAGUUUAGAUGUUCGUGGUUCUGUAGUUAUGGAGAAGGUCUGGAUGUUUGAGGGCAUGACAGAAGGUAUAUCCACUGAGCAGCUGUCCGAAGAGGAUACUGGGAAAGAUGACUGGUGCCUGAAACAUAGCUGGUUCCUGUUCACCAAUCUCCUUACAGCACAACAGUGUGCCAAGUGUUUAAAAAGGAUUUUACCCAAAAGGGCAGCAUACAAAUGCGCAGCAUGUAAGAGAUUGUGUCACCUGAAGUGUGCAGUUGACAGUUCUGACAGAAACAACACAGGGCCUACACUGAGACAGAGAAAAGCCAAGAGUACAAUGGAUUUCCAGAACUUUGUUCCGAAGGAAGAUACACAGUCUUGUAGAUACACCAGGAAGACAUCUAACAGGAGGUAUCGGUCACCAUACUCGCAGAAAGAAGUGAACAAUAAUGUAAUAGAAGUCCAAGAGAUGGAUAUACAACAGUUACAGUUUCCACCUACAGAACAGACAGACUCCCAACAUAACAGACAAAUUGACCCGCUGGAUAACAGACAACAGAUGGAAGAGUUAUCACAGUACACAGAUAACCACAAUAGCAGCCGUCAGUCCCAGGCCAGACAGAAACUGACCAGCAUGAAACAUGGCUUUGUAAAGAGAUGUAGAUCUUUCAAGAAAAAAGUGAAGACAUUAAAAGAGAAAGUUAACCAUACUGAUGGAGAGAAAGUAUCUGCUGAACAGACACGACAAGACUCUUCUACCACAACUAGUUCAACAUUAAACACAGAGGAGCAGAUAGAACAAGAAAGGCAAGCAUGGGUACGCAGCCCAAUCAGGACACGUCUCAGAGAACGUAGAGACAGGCAGUUGGAACUGAGGAGGGAGUCGGUUAGGGCCAAGGUCGGUGCAAGGAGGAAUAGCUCAAAUGGGGACAUUAAAACAUUUGUUAAAAAAGUUACAACAAAUGAUUCACAGAUGAGAAACAGUCGGCGUCAUCGUUUCCAGAUGUAUGACCUUGAUCUAGUUACUUUACGUGAUCGCUUGAUGGAGGUCGAGAAACGAGUUGAUGAACUAGAAACUGCAAUACCACAGGAGCUAGAAGAAUGGCAUAAAUUAAAACAGAAGUUCCGAGGAAAUGAUACUGCAGAUGCAUAUAGGAGGAUGGAAACUGAAAGAGCACUUGAAGAGCAAAUUAUUCAUGAAACUCAUCCAAAGCAUAUUGAAGCAAUGGGUGGUAUGCCAUCACUGAGUUCUGGCACUACAUCUGAUGAAGUUUAUGUGGUCCCUGACCAUCAAGGAUCAAGCAGCCAAGAUGAACAAGAUCAUAUUAUGACUGAUGUAGUUCAGAUAGCACAUGAUGGGGGUCAAAUGCUACACAGUCCUAUGAACAGCUUGCAGGACGAGUCUCUACCAUCUGGAAUACCAAGUAAACUCAGAUUUAAGAUAGGCAGUGAUCUGACCGGGAAGCUUCAAACAAGCACACCAGUUACAGAGCGUGAACUUUCAUUCCUGUCUGCUUCAAGACUGUAUAGAGAGUCAGACACACACCAGAUACAGCAUACCAAUGUCACACACAUCAAUGUUGAGCACUCUUACUGCGAGCCAAGCUCAGGCAGUAAGACUAAAGUUAGAAUAGGAAGAAGUACCAGUUUUGAAAAAUCAGCUUCUGAAAAUGUUUUAUCACCAGAACAAGCGGCUGUGAAAAGUUUCCUGCAAAAACGAAAGAAGUCAAGUCCAAGAAAGAGUGUUGGAAGAAUGUCGGAUCAAAUGUACACAAGCCCAACAAGGCGCAGAAGCAGAAGCCCGGAGAGGAUGUCACCUAAACCGUACUUAAGUCCUCACAAUCGGACGGGCUCUGGUUCAAGGUCAAGUUCUCCAUUACAAAGAACAAACCAGUCCAGUUUGUACAACUCACCUCCUAUAGCUUCCUCCACGUUUCAGGAGGGAAACUACACGUAUAACAACAUGAACCAUGCUGACAUGUCACCCCUGUCAUUUACAUUUAGACAUGAUCCAGGAGACAACAUUCAGUUUUCUUUUGCAAAAAUAGAGGAAAAUUCAGAACUUGAGGAAGCUAGGUAUAAUGGAGAAAAGAAUACUUCCGCUGCGUCAAAUCUUUCGUACACAUUUCGUAAUGACAGUCAGAUGAUACAGACAAAUGCAGAGGAAGAUUUGCCAGGAUACACAAAAAAUCUUGCAUCAGGUAGACAGCAGCAGUCUGAUGUAGUGCCUGAAGAAACAAGCAGUGAUGAUAACUAUCCGCAGGGCACUAGAAUGAUAGUUGAAGCUGAUGUUGAAACUGAUGCUCCGACCAGUAGGGUAACCUUUGCCACGCUUGAGAGUAUGUCCACUCCAAUGACCACAACAACUGAUGAUGCAAUGUCACUUACAAAUGUUACUGCUUUUACUGGUGAUUUUGUAAAUAGUUUUUCUGAGGCGGCUGAAAGUUCUAACAGGAGUAGGUGGACAAAUAAAGAUGUUUACAUGUUUGAUAGGGAUCGUAGAGGUAAUCUUAUAAAAUCCAGACAUGCUCAAUCACAUGAGAAAGUUGAUGCCACAGGUGACUGGAGAAAACCGCCUGUUCCAAGUAAAAGAUUCUCUUCUACUUCAGAGAUUGACUUCUUAAAGGAAGCAGAGAAGCGACUAGAAUUUUACAAAUUGAGGAAAAGUGGAGAUGAGAUUACAGCAGGAGUGUGUCUUGAGAAAUUGCCACGCCCUUCUAAUGCUUACAAUACAGACUCUGAAAAUGACGUUAAAGAACAUUUUGUGAGAUCAUAUGCUGCUGAACAAUCUGGUUCAAACCCAGCGUAUGCAAGUCCAAAACACAAAAGUCCUGUUAAAGGAAAAACGUCUGGUUCUAAAAGUAGGAGCCCUAGUCCAAAAAGGAGUUCUAGUCCUAAACGAAGUCCAAACAUGAGGAGUAGGAAUAAUUCACCAAAACAAAAGAGUCCAAAGCCAAAUAGGAGAUCUAGUCCAAAUCGAAGAAAUGUGAGUCCUAAAAGAAGCCCAAGUCCUCAAAGAAAAACUGUUUCACAAAGAAGCCCUAGUUCACAAAGAAGAAACAUCAGUCCUCAUAGAAUGAAUUCUAGUCCACAAAGAGAGAGCCCCAUUCCUCAACAGAAAAGACAGGAACACAUAACUCGGGAAGAGUUGGAACUGAUUCAUACUAGCCCUAAGCAUCCACCAAAAGUCAAUUCAACGUCGGAAUUUGAAGAUUUUGAGAGACAGUUGCAGGAAGAAUCGCUUCAGCAUCGCAGGAGAAGUAAAUCUUUAACAAACUUGCAGAGAUACAAUUACCCGACGUCUCAUGAUUCCAAGUUGAGGGAAACAUCUAUAAGCUGUACCAACAGUAUAGACGGUGAGACAAGAUCUAUUAUAAAUGAGAGUGCAAGGUAUCAUUUCCUGCAUGACAAAGGUAUGAUUAAAAUUAGCUCCCCAAGUCUGAAAAUUAUGAAUGGUAGUCCAGUCAUUAGGAGAAAGUAUGAACCUGAAUGUAAGCAUAUUGAUGAAGAAAGCUCCGAUAUGGUACAAAGCGGUAGCGAAAGUGGCUUGAGUGGAGUUUAUGUAGAUAAUAAUUUUCAUCUUCAUGGGAAAACAUCAUCUGAAAUGGACUCGAAGCAAACUGCUAGUGAAAUAACGGGCACAGAAACCAUGUCUGUUAUAAGUAGUAAAUCUGGUAGCUUAAAGAGACAGCAGCAGCAAGAAAGAGAACUAUUUGAGCAGUGUUUGAAAACCUGUGAUGAAAAUCAGGAAGUUUGGGAUAAUGUACUUGAUUGGAUGAAUAAGGAAUGUGACAACAGUGAAGAAGGUGCAUAA